GGAAAGUAACAUGUGAAGCAUGCAGGAAGAAAUGUAUAGGUAACGCUCUACGAGUUCAGGAGAAGUAUUUUCACGUUGACUGUUUUAAAUGCACUGUUUGCUCAACAUCUUUGGCAUCUGGUGGGUUUUUCUUCAAGGCUGGUUGCUAUUACUGUACUGCCGACUACCAGAAAAAGUUUGGAACUAAAUGUGCAGCAUGUGGAGACUAUGUUGAAGGAGAAGUUGUAUCAGCACUUGGGAAUACAUAUCAUCAAAGAUGUUUUGUGUGUGCCAGAUGCCGGAAAGUUUUUCCAACUGGAGAAAAAGUUACCUAUACAGGAAAAGAAUGCUUAUGUUCAAAAUGCAUCCAGAUACCUAUUGUAUUGUCCAAGACAGAAGAACAGACAUCACUAGUCACUGAACAAAGAUGUGCAGCAUGUAAGGAGGAAUUAACUGAGGGACAAGCUUUGAUUGCUUUGGACAAACAGUGGCACAUCUGGUGUUUCAAGUGUGCCUCAUGUGGUGAUGUCCUUCAUGGAGAAUAUAUGGGAAGAGAUGGACUCCCAUACUGUGAAAGAGACUACCAGAAAUUGUUUGGUGUCACAUGUGCUCACUGUGAUAGAUACAUAGUAGGAAAAGUAUUACAGGCUGGAGAUAGUCAUCACUUUCAUCCAACAUGUGCUCGCUGCACCAAAUGUGGAGAUCCUUUUGGAGAUGGAGAAGAAAUGUACAUGCAAGGAGGAGCAAUUUGGCAUCCUCGUUGUGGACCAGCUCCAAAUGGUCAAGAAGAGGAAAGACCAGAAGAAGCUGUAUCUAAUGGACAUGGACAGAUAAUGCAGAUUGCCAGGGCCAGUCCUCGAAGUUUAGAGAGAGAGCCAAUCAUCACAGACCCUAGCCGAGUUUACACGUACAGCUACCUGACUGCAGAACCAACACAGGGAUAUCUGCGCCGACCAAUUCAACCUUAUCCGCCCAAAUCCCCUCAGUUUCACAGGCCUCCAGAAGGUUCAGGACGACCACGGAUUGGAAGUCGAGGGCAGCAUUCAAAACAAGGAAUGACAGCUCUUGUGGAGUCUAUCCAAGCCAACGUUCCUCGACCCCGAUCACCACACAUGAACAAUGAGGAGCCAAUAGAGUUGUCCCAUUAUCCUGGGGCUCAGCGACCCAAUCCAUCUGAAGUACCCAAGAUUGAGCGGGAUGACUUUCCAGCACCACCCUUUCCAUAUACUGAUCCAGUACAGAAAGUGCAGCAAAGGAGCCUCAUCAGUCUGAUGAGAGCAACAGUCAUGACCAGAAUGGAGUAUGGAAUCCACUUGUGUGCAUGUGCAGCAAAGUCAGCAAUGACCAAGUUACAAAGGCCAGGGGACCUAGCUUUAGGAAAACUGUCAAAAACCCAGAGUUCUGAAUUUAGCAGUGGAAAGUCAGAUAUAUCAACAGUCUCAGAACAAGAUAGGCCAUUUUUGAAUCACAGUACCAGUGGGGGAUUUUGCUCUACUCCCUAUUCUGAUGGUUUUGCUGGAUUUCGACAUCCUUCAUACAGUCCUCACAUGCGAUGUUCAAUGCCGAACGUAAAUCUUCACCUGUCUAAUGAGCCACCUAGGCUUUAUCCUUAUCAUUUGUUAAUCAUAUCCAACUAUCGUCUCCCUCCUGAUGUAGAUCGAUGCCACUUAGAGCGUCAUCUAUCCAAUGAAGAGUUUCAGCAUAUCUUCCACAUGGCUCGUCUUCAAUUCUACCGCUUGCCAGAGUGGCGGAGGAAUGAGUUAAAGCGGCGAGUCAAACUGUAUUAGGGAUCAAGGCUUAUGAUUAGCAGAUUCUCUCUUAGAGCUAUCAAAAAAAAAAAAGGUGAAGCCAGGAUAUGAUUAAUCAAACUCUUGAUUACCAGUCAUCGUAGAUUUGUUCUGUUGUAGUUUCAUGCUGUCAAACAAGUGAAAAAUAGAAGUCGUUUUCUGCUCUAGGGCGAAGAUAGUUAUUGAGAAGAGGCUUUUAACUGAAGGCAGGCCUUUUGUUCUUUUUAUAAAAACAUUGUAGUUUAGGCCUAUUGUUGUUUAGUAUGUAGUACCUGGAUGUUCCUAAGUGUUACUAGCUAAUUUGUUUUAAAACUAAAAGUUUCCUUAUUUACUUCUUCAUUAUGUACUAUACAUUUUACACAGAUAUUUGAAGUAUUUGUUAUUUAAGAAUUUUUCAUGUUAACCAAUAAGUACUUUGAGGAAAAAAACUUAAUGUGAAAUUCUUAAUUGUACUGGAAAUAGAUUAUACAUUUUUCUACCCAGGAAUUAUUAUUAUUUGUUAAGUAUUAUAACCUACAACACUUUUAUUAGAAUAAGAUAUUUAUUCUGGGAUAUAUUCUAUUAAUGAAAUUUUUUUUUUUUCUUUGUGAUUAAAGUGUUCCAAAUCUCUACUGGCAUUACUUUAAUUGUUGGUAAAAUAAUAGAUUGAACUGUAUAUUUAAGCCAUUAAGAUGCUUUUGUCAUUAUAUGAGUAUUUAUUUUUAUUGGCAGACAUAUUAUGUACUACUGUCUUAAAGAUAAAAGUCUUAACUGUUUCAUGUAGUGGAAUAUAAAAUGUGUUAAAUGAAUAACAAUAGUUGUCAUAAAGCAGUGUUUCUGCAAAUAUUGUAAUGAAUUCAUGAAGGACAUUUAAAACCUGUCUUCCUCACAUAUAAUGAACUUAAGAGUCAUUUAUUCAGUCAGUUUUUAUGACAUCUAUCUCACAGCUUGCUCUGAUGGUCCUUUAACUUUUUACUUAAAUAAGCCUAUUUUGUUAUAUUGUGUCCUAUACGUUCUUUUUAUCUCUCCUUAUUUUAUUUAUUGUAUUAUGAUAAAACUCAUUUUCUUGUGGAAUGAUACAAAAUUAGAUAAUUACAAAAUAUAUUCACUUUUUUGAACAUGUGUGUUUUAGUCUUAAGUAAAAAAUUCAUCGUGAGUCAAUGUUAUAGCCCAUUUGGUGUCACUACUGUUUGUGCAGAAACUUUUUCAUUUGAAACAUAUAAGUUGUACUAAGUUACCACAAGUAAUUAAUGGAUGAAUUUAUUUACUUAAAUCGUCUUUUUUCAGUCAUGUUAAUUGAAGAUAAGAAAUUUUACCAAUAAAGCUUCAUUAUUAUUGUUAUAUAUAUAUAAUAAUAAUGAAGCUUUAUUGGUAAAAUAUAUAUAUAUAUAUUUUUUGGUAGGGAAUUUCUGUCUUGUAUCAUGUGGCUUACUGCUGAUGUAGCAGCUUUAUUUUGAAGGGGUGUGUUCUUUACAGUACAACUUAAAUUUCAUUAUGUGGGUGAUUCACAACAGAAAUAUUGAAUAAUGUACUUCCAAAAAGCUGAUACAAUUUAAGUAAUCAUUUAUCAAGUUUUAUUUAUUAACAUUAUAUUUUAGAUAGUGCAUAUAUCCAUGAUUAGGUAAUGAUAAAUUUGAAAAAUAUAUUUUGUACGAUAUUUUAAAAAAUUCAUUACGUAUAUAUAAGAUUUUGUGGAGCAUAUAAUAAGAGUACUUGCCACCAGGUGCAUCAAAAAAAAGGUUUCAACUCAGGUAUAAGACAACUUUAACAAUGUUGAAUUAUACAGUGUCAAAUUUAGAACAUCAUUCCCAUACAGCUGGCUUAAUAAUACUUCCAUUUUGUCGCACAAUUUCAGUAAACGGGAAUAAAAAGUAUAUAUGUGUGGGUGUGCAUAUAUAAUUUAUUGGAAACACAACCUUAUUUAUUUAAGUAGUUAAUUAAACAUUUAAAACCAUAGUUGAUUUUAUUUUUUUUGAAGUGGCACCACAUUUUUUAUCUGAUCAUGAUCAGGGCUGAUGAGAGGGAGUGGGGGGCAGCUGCCUUGGGACCCAAGGCCUGUUGAGGGGCCUGGCAGUGGGAUAUUCCAAAGCUCACUAGAAAUGCAUACUGAUUAUUGAGCUCAAAUUGCUACUGCUUUUUCAUGUAUUCGUGAAGAAAUGUGUCACCUAAAUUUAUUUUAUGAAAAAUCAGCGAAACUUAAUAAACAGAAUGAAAGGGGGCCCGAUGAUAUUACUGACCCCGGAGUCUGGGCUGGCUCUCGACGCCCCUGCUCAUGACCCAUAAUUUGGUGCUACUUAUAACUGCCGCUUCUCUUCUAUUUUAAUGCUCCCUGGUGGAUGAAUGGUAAGCUUGAGGGUCUGUAAUGCUAAAAAUUCAGGUUCGAUCCCAGCAUGGGAAUAGCGUAAAUCAGGUCUGCUACACCGUAUGUGCCAUGUUAUUGAGGUUUUAACACGGUGCAAAUUUAUAUGACUAUAUCGUUCGUUUUGAUUUACCUUUAUUUUGUUGAAUAAAAAAACGUUGUUGUUGGCAUGAUGAAAACAUUUUGUUCACAUCAGUCUCAUCUAAGAAGUUCUUUUCUUUUCUUUUGAUAUUUCUCAAUUCCAGGUAUAGCAUGCUUUACAAUAUUAUUUAUACAAAUUGAAUAAUAUUUAUUACUGAACCACACUUGCUUGUAUUUUAACACCCUGACCCUUUAUCCUUGAUACGAAUAAAUUCAAAGAAUAAGACAAUCGGGGAUUGCAAGUCCCCACUUGUAUAUGUUUUAUGUCAUGUGUCAAACGUUUUACUGGUAUAUUGUGUACCUGUGUCCAAGAGUACGCGACAACUAAUUCGGUUAGUUUAAAACAAGAGCGAAAACCGUUUCGGUGAAACGUAACUGUUCACAGAGUUAACAAUCUAAACUCGUUUUAUGGAAGAAAAAUAGAGAUCGCACGUUGUUCCCAAAAUUGAUAGUCAUGGUGUCGGGUUUCACUGUUGUUAAUACUUUAUUAUCAUCUUUCUAAAAAAAUACCCAUAAAACUAUAAUAUUAUUAAGAGAAGAUAAAGGAAAAGCGUAUAAUCAAACUUACUGUAAGUGUAUUAUGAAAUUCAAUCUCGAAGCAAAGGUUUGUAAGAUAAAUAUGUCAUGCAUAUUGCUAACUUUAGUUACAACAGUACCCCUUUCUCCAAGUGGUUUUUCUACCUCGAACAGACGCCGCUGUAAUAAAAUCUUUACACGCAAUGCAUUCUGGGUUCUCAAAACGUACUUUUUUUUCUUCUUUUUUUUUUGCUAGAACGUUACAUGUGGUCGCUGUUCAUACAUAAAUCAGUUUCGAAAUAAUUUUCGAUCCGCUUUCAGCUGUAGUCUUAACACAUGUUAUGGUGAGGUUUGAUUUCUGAUACUUUGAACAUAAAAAAAAGUAUGAUUCAAAAAUGUAAGAUCUUCAUCGUGGUUUAAUAUUUUAAUUACGUAUAUAAAUGAAAAUUUACUUUUUUUUGCAGUUGUAUUAAUUUACACUUAAUUUGAAUAUCUCACAAACACAAAUUGAGGUUUGAGAGCCGCUUUAUAAUCUACAAAUAACCUAACCAGUUCCGAUACGAACGUGGUUGGUAUUAAAAAUGCCCAUCUUUUUUUUCUUCGAUGACCCAAUAUUUGUUCAAAUUUUUACAACUUAAAAUGGAGAAGCUGACUACAUAUACUCAUAGAAAUAAAGGGUAGUUUAUUUGUUAUCCAAGAAAUUGUUACGGAAAACACGAUGCUACUCUCGCUGUGAUGGUCCUGAGAGCCAAAAAACAACAACAACAAAAAAAAACUUGAUGUGCUGCAACGUUUCAGUGCUUAAACUUCUUUGGUGUAAGCUAUUUUUCUGUGAGUUUCGAAUAAAUGUUUAAAGUGAAUUUUUACCUACACAUAUGAGAGAGAGAGAGAGAAAGCAUCUUUUUCGUCCUAUUUCACUGCGGUUAGUUGAACGGUUAAACUUGUAGAGAGUAGACAUUUUGUAACGUAAGUGUGGCUGGAAGCUUUACCUUGGUAGUAGUGGAUCUCUACACACCAGACUUAACGCGAUUUUACCUAAGUCCUAGGGCGAUACGAUAUUUUCUCAACAAAAUUGCAAAUCAUACCAGUGGCGAUUCACUUGCGAUGCGACAGCUUGGAAAACUGCCAGGUGCUUGACAAAUUGCUGACGUACAUUUAAAAUGGCUGACACACAUAAGGGGAAGAGCGUUUUGCAGUAGCUAAAGCUGAAUAUACAUACCAGCCAAACCCAAUUUCUUUGAAAUGGACUUCCAUAUAAUUUCUUUUACUUUAGUUCAAUGUUUUUGUCAUUUAGCUCUGGGUAUUUUUGUAUUUUCUAAUACUAUUUCAACCAUGUGGACCACGUGCAUUAAAGCUAUCCUCCCCAAGUUGUUGCGCCAAGAAUCGCAAAAAUUAGGGUUCAGUUCUUUUUCGCAUCGUGCCAUUAUCGCCCUGACAGCGCCCCCAUGUUACUCGUCUGUUGUUUCCCGUUUUGUGUGAGAGGUACUUAUCAAAAGUAUAAGAUGUUUUUUUCGCAUCGCAUCAGAUGUGUAUACCUAGAUGAAUCUUAGAAUAAAAAAUGCGGAACUGACGAAAUCUUUUGUACCAAACUUUCUUUAAAAAAUUACCUCUGUCCAUUGAGAGAACUUCAAAUUAGUUAAAUGUGUAAAAAAAAUAAAAUGAAUAAUAUAUCUGGAAAUUUCUAAUAAUAAAUAAGUAAUAAAAUUUUUCUGAAGAUAUUUACACAAGCUGUAAUACGAAUAAAUUAACAAUUACGAAUGUUAUUAAUGAUCAUUUAAUAAAAAACGGCCUAGUUAAAUUUGUAUGCAUAUAGGCGUAAUAUAACUUUAAGUAUAGUUGACAUAUUUUGCCAGGAAAAUUUUUAUGACGUAUUUAAUUUUUUUUAAUGGUAAGAUUGGCUUUUAAGGCCUACAGAUAUUUCACAAGAAGCUUCAUAAGAAGUUUUGUAAUUGUUUACGAUAUUUGUCAUACUUACAAUUACUAGUCGUUCUUGCUAACUAGAGAUUGCAGUGUGAUUGAAUAAUUAAAGUUUUUGUUUGCUGUUUGAUGCUUUUGAAAUACUUUUGGUCUUCUAGUGAACCUUCUCGAUUUCACUUUUGAAGAAAAAAACGACAUAAGCAAGUUUGUAUUUGUUCGUUUAUUUGUUUGU